AUGAGGCUCAGCCAGAUGCAGGUUAAACCAGCCUUCCAUGAAACCAACAAGGGGAAAUCCCCUAACCAACUAAUCUACAGCUACAGACACAAAGGAAAAAAGGGUCCCCAACCCAUUCAGGUGGUUGCGGAGGAGGCGGGGUGGAGAAGACGUCAUUUGGGGGGCAGGGCUCUGACGGCAGCGCAAGUGAUUGUGGGAAGGGGGCAGGCACAGUGGGGGUUGCUGCAUUGCAGCCUUCAUUUGGUAGCGAAUAUAUUAACAAUGGCGACUUCCAACCCUAGCGGCAGCAGUGGAAGCAGUGCGGGCCUCGGAUUCCAAGGGCAGUCUCAGCAACACAGCACAGUCAACAGCAUGCAGGGCCUUCAGAUAAACCUCUGUGACAAUACACAAAGUAAACGCAAAGCACUGAAGCUGAAUUUUGCCAACCCGGCCUUCAAAUCGACAGCAAAAUUCACACUGAACCCAACUAUUCAGAGUACCCACGUGAUGCACAAACUGGACGCCAUCAGAAAACUUGAGACAUCAUACCAAAAACAGGAUUUGCGGACGUCUGGCGCGAAGGCGUUGAGCACAAAUGAACAGGCAACAAAAAACAGGCUAGAGAGGUUGCGGACACACAGUAUUGAAUCCUCUGGAAAAUUAAAGCUGUCUCCAGAACAACAUUGGGACUUCACAGCAGAAGACUUGAAGGACCUAGGGGAGAUUGGCCGGGGAGCUUAUGGCUCAGUUAAUAAAAUGAGUCAUACUCCCAGUGGGCAGAUUAUGGCUGUUAAGAGGAUUCGCUCCACAGUGGAUGAGAAAGAACAGAAGCAGCUCCUCAUGGAUCUGGAUGUGGUGAUGCGGAGUAGUGACUGCCCGUACAUAGUCCAGUUUUACGGAGCACUAUUCAGAGAGGGUGACUGCUGGAUCUGUAUGGAGCUCAUGGCUACCUCGUUCGACAAGUUUUACAAAUAUGUAUAUAGUUUUUUAGAUGACGUUAUUCCAGAGGAAAUCCUAGGCAAAAUCACUUUAGCGACUGUGAAAGCCUUAAAUCACUUAAAAGAAAACUUGAAAAUCAUUCACAGAGACAUCAAACCUUCCAAUAUUCUCCUGGACACAAAUGGAAACAUUAAACUCUGUGACUUUGGCAUUAGCGGGCAGCUGGUGGAUUCCAUUGCCAAGACCAGAGAUGCCGGUUGCAGACCUUACAUGGCACCCGAAAGGAUAGACCCAAGUGCAUCCAGGCAAGGAUAUGAUGUCCGGUCCGAUGUGUGGAGCCUUGGGAUCACGCUAUAUGAGUUGGCUACGGGCCGGUUUCCAUACCCCAAGUGGAACAGUGUAUUUGAUCAGCUGACACAGGUUGUGAAAGGGGACCCCCCUCAGCUGAGCAACUCGGAAGAGAGAGAGUUCUCCCCGAGCUUUACCAGUUUUGUGAAUCAGUGCCUUACCAAGGACGAGUCAAAAAGACCAAAAUACAAAGAACUUUUGAAACAUCCCUUCAUCUUGAUGUAUGAAGAGCGCACAGUGGACGUGGCAGGGUAUGUUGGCAAAAUCCUGGAGCAGAUGCCAGUUUCCCCCAGCUCCCCGAUGUAUGUCGAUUGACCCAGCCAUUACGCAAACUUCUAGCGACAAGGGCUGUGAGUGAACCAAGACGCAAAGAGAUUCCAACCCGCGACUGUCGGUGAUCGCCCAUUCUCCCUCGCUCCAGCGCCACGUGCAAUAAGAUCGGUGUUCGUUUAAUUUCCCUUCCAUCGUGUCUGUGUGCUACCGUCACAUGUAAAUUGCAUCCUCCCCCCUCCUUUUAAAGAAACGGCUGGUCUCAUGGGACACCCUGUUUGGGUCAGUGGAACAGCCACGUGUCCACAACCUAUUCUUAACUGGGUUGGGGGGAAAUGAAAAAACAAAAACAAAAAAAAACUAGAUGCUGCAUGGAUCAGUAAACAGAUUUUGUCUUUAUGAGAAAGGAAAGUUCUGGCGCCAUCGUACAACCCGUUACCCUGUCCCAGAGGUGGGCAAAGAAUAUGAAUUAUAUAAAUAUAUAUAUAUUUUUAUUAUUUUUAAAAAAAGAAAAUAAAAAGUACUUUUUUUUUUUUUAAUUUGUUUUUUCUUUUUUCUUUUUUUUCUUCUUUUUUUGGGGGGUUUCUUCACAAAGUGCAAUAGAUUAAACGGAUUCUCCGCCAGGCGGUCGUGUGACGGAUCUUGUUCUGGACGCUUUUUAUUUUGUUGGCCCCUCUGGCAGAGAAAGGGGUUAAUGGUUGUAAAGGAAAAAAGGUCUGUUCUGCUAUUCUAGUUAUUUUAUGUUCUUGAGAGUGGUUGGAUUUUUUUUUUUAAUUUGUAAGGAAUCAUGUUAAAUAUAGUGAAAUAUCUCUUUACCAAAAAAAAAUGAAAAAAAGAAAAAACGAUGUUGCAUUGAUGAAAUCUAACAUUAAAAUAUUAAGAGAUGGAAUAUUAA